CGUGUCAUCCAUGAGUAUACGGUACAUAUCCAUGCUUUAGACGACUUCAGGGUGUAGAGGCCGCUGGGAGGAGCGGAGGCGAAGUAGCAGUCGUAGAUUCCGAUGUGCAUGCGCACUGGCGGUGCAUUCCGCCAUUUUUUAAAGGCAAACCAACAGGGACAAAUAAUACAGAGUGCUCGAUACUCACAACUGUUUUGUUUUACAAUGCGCGAUCGUUUCAUAUAUUGCAUAGCUUUGUUCAUUUAGACGUCGUAUCUGCCCAUGUUGUGGAAAAAAAAAAUACAAACAUAAAUAAGUAACUAUUGUGCUUUGAUAUAUAUUUGGAGUUUCAAAGUCAGUGACCAAUUGGUGUAGUGACAUGUAAUUGUUUAUAUUUAUUUAUUUUUAGCUUUGGGUACAUGUAACAACAUAUGCGAGAGGAAGAUUGAAGGAGUACAUCAGGUGAUCGAUGAAUGAACAGAAUGAGAGCGUGAGGUCAGCUCGAGGGAACAUUGCACGGUAGAAGCGAGGACAACUCUCAACAGGACGGUUGGCAGUUGAGACCGGGCAACAUCCCAGUCACCGAGUGGAAGUGUUUACCAGAGCGAGCAGCGAAUUUAAUUUUUAUGUCAAUGUCAAUACAAGCGUCUAAUACCGGAGUCAGAGCCUGGUGAAAUGUUGUCUAUGAAAGCGUGUUCGGUCACGUGGCAUUGACGUCACAAGCCUUACGACAACAUGUCAGGUCGCUAUGUUAGCAAGGCUCGACUUAGCCGACCAAAUGACAUGGCUCGAGGGAAAAACCAAAUGUAGCUGUGCCACAUAGGACCGCCAAAGCUUGGGACAGGUGCAUCGACGAUGUUGGACUUGGGGAGCCCCGGAAUCAAGCGAGAAGACAACGCUCCUGCCAUGGCAGCAGUCGGCAUUCUGAGUGACCUGAGCUACUCCACCCGUGGAUCCCGCAGUGGUGAUCUCAGCUCAGACAUGGAGACAGCUAACGUGAGGAUCCCCACGGCAAAGUAUACCAAGAUGGGCGAGACGCUCAGGCAUGUUAUACCGGGUCACAUGCAGUGCUCCAUGGCCUGUGGAGGGAAAGCUUGUAAAUAUGAAAACCCUUCUCGCUGGAGCGAUGAGGAGCAAGCCAUUAAAGGCCUCUACUCGUCCUGGAUAACUGACAACUUGCUAGCUAUGGCAAGGCCUUCUACUGAAAUAAUGGACAAGUAUAACAUCAUCCAACAGUUUCAUAGGUGUGGUUUGAAAACAGUCAUUAACCUGCAGCGGCCAGGAGAACACGCAAGCUGUGGCAACCCACUGGAGCCAGAGAGUGGCUUCACUUAUCUGCCUGAGAGGUUCAUGGAGGCAGGCGUUUACUACUACAACUUUGGAUGGAAAGACUAUGGCGUUGCAUCUCUGACGACAAUCCUCGACAUGGUGAAAGUGAUGGCCUUUGCUGUUCAAGAAGGGAAAAUGGCAGUCCACUGUCAUGCUGGACUUGGCAGGACAGGUGUGUUAUUGGCUUGUUAUUUAGUCUUCACAUGCCGAAUGAGUGCCGACCAGGCCAUCCUGUUUGUCCGAGCCAAGCGGCCCAACUCCAUCCAGACUAGAGGCCAACUACUGUGCGUGCGAGAGUUUGCCCAGUUUCUGGUUCCUCUCAGGAGUGUCUUCUCCUGUGCUGAACCCAAAUCCAGCGCUGUAACCCUGUCCCAAUACCUGACUCGGCAGCGGCACCUACUGCAUGGCUAUGAGGCCCGUCAAAUGAAGAAUGUUCCCAAAGUGGUGCAGCUGGUGUGCAGGUUGCUGAUCGACAUUGCAGCAAAUAGACAAGUAAUGGUUGAGGAGGGAUGGCUGGAAAUCCCUGACCUUACAGCCGAGGUGGAGAAGACUGUGUCCCAGCAAGCCCUGCAGCUGCUGGGUAAGGAAAUGAGAGGGAAGGGGAUCCCUGUCCCUGGUCUCCGUCCUGUCAGUCCAGUAUCUCUGCAGAUAACUCUGCCUCAAGAUCAACCUCUCAUCAGUGACAAUGAGCUUGACCCACUGUGGAGACAAGAGAAUGUUCAGACCCCCCUCAGGUCAUGUCUGUCCAACACCAGAAGCUUCAGUUACAGUGACUCUGUCCUUCAUAAACCUACAGCCUGUAGCAAGCCCCUCAACCACAAGAUCAAACGCUCCCUGUCUCACUGCUGCCUUAAAGACUCUAGGUUCUCGUCUCAGGACUUGAGCAGCUUCUUUCCCAACGUCGGAUCCCCCUUUUUAGACCAAGUGUUUGAUGGAGGCCGACAAAGUUUCCCUGCUCAGCACAGUGACCGAAGAGAAAGUCACUGUCACACCAGGAAGGGUCUUCUUUCAACCAAGAACGUUGUGGAGUCCAUUGUGGGGAAGCCUGAUGAAGUGGCAGCUCUUGGCACGGAACACAAAGCUGCUCCACUACUCAACCUUCAGUCUGAACUCCCCCCGGAAAGUAGAUGUUUGCUGGUUGCGAAGGCACUGUCCAUGGAUCUUAUUGACAACCAUUUGGCCACUAAGGUGUCCGCAUGGCAGACCGAGCUGAACUCACGGGAGGGAGCAUGGGAGCGGUUGUGCCUGGAGCGGGACCCUCUGGUCCUGUCUGCUGUCAUGUGGUCAUGGCUGGAGCAGCUGAGGGAACCAGUUAUCAGCUGCGAGGAUGUGAAAUCCCUCACUGAGAAGAAUGUCAACCCACAGAGUGCACUGGACUUGCUGGACAAGGGUCAUCGCUUCACUCUGCUGUGCAUCCUUGACUGUGCGGCUCAGGUCCUGCCUGAAAUGCCUGAAGAAGUAGAGCUGGGUUUCCUGCACCAGACAAUAAAAGUGUUUACAAGGAUGGACUCCGCCUCUGAGAACAUGUCUGUGUACUCGACACUGAGAACAGUCCUGACUCCUACUCUUCACAAGCUGCGUCGCAAAGCUGCUGAAGAACAGCAGGACUCAAGCGUGUCACUCUGAUGUGCUUUGCGCAUGCUUGUAUCUGUAACCAGCUCUUUUAACAGACCUGCCAAUAUUUUGAGUGAAGAAAUGUUUUAACUUAUCAAAAACACGUAUUUAAAGUUCUUACUUUGUCAUCACUGCCAUUCUUUUGUUACUGUGCCACUGCUUAAUAUUUUGUUUGUCAUCUGUUGAAAUGUGAUAUUUAUGGAACAUAAGAUGAAUCAGCUGUGUUUGUCUUCUAAGUUGUUGACGACUAAGGCACAUUAAUGUAUGCCGUUUGCUUUCCAAGCUGGACUUCUAUUCAGACCCACAAUGUCUUACACUGUGCAAAGAAUGUUACCUUUUUAAGAGAAAGGCCUUUUGAGUCAAAUGCAAGUUGUAGCGCUACUGACGACGCAACCUCAUCAGGUUGUAGAGAUAUGCUUUAUUUCAUGUCCUUAAAACUGUGCACCGACAGAACCUCACUGUGCUGAUGCAGUCGGGACAGCAACCUGCCUCCACUGUUACAUUGAGCUCAAACACUGUCUGCCUCAAACUGCAAUCACUUCUGUGUGUGUCUACAGUUGCGCUGCCAACUGUGUUGCUGAUGAAUACAUGAGCUCGCAAACACAGGGUCUUUAACCCCUCGACUAUCAUUCCAAGACUGCACUAUUUCUUUUGACAACAUGCUGCUUCUUGCUGAAUUAAAACACUUUGAACGCUUUCCUCAUUGAUAUUUUCACUUCUUGUGUUACUCAUGGGAUAAUCUUUCAUCCGUUAUAUGAUAUAUAAUUUCUCCUUCUGAAGUGAGCUCUGAGUGGCAGAGAAAUAGCGAUGUCUUCACCACCAGCUCUGACCCUUGA